AUUCCAUCCAAAAUAGUUUGCUGAUGGAGGGUUGCAAUGGUCAUAACAUCUGAUACGAACGUCGUCGUUUCGGAACUCUUCAGAUACAUAAUCGAAUCCCAAUCAGCUGUCGAAAGCUCUGAGCUUUCGGAAUGGAAGAUGCUGAGUGUGAACCUCGCCGUCUCCCUCACGCUCUCCAAGCUUCUGCAACUUCCACAUUUCUCUUCCAUGGCGCAAGUCGAAUCGGCCCAAGCUUUCCUCACGAAGGCAGGUCUCUUCUUCUCUCACCAACCCAUCGUUGGAAAGCUCGUUGCUUUCGCGUCGCUGUCGCCGCUGGGAUGCCUGGCGCACGCCCAUGCCCUGUUCGAAGAGACCGCCAUGGACGACCCCUUCGUCUGCAACACCAUGAUCAGAGCUUACAGCAACAGCGUCUUCCCCGUCAGAGCAAUACAAAUUUACAACCGUAUGCAGGAAAUGGGUGUUGGGUCUGAUCACUUCACCUUCAAUUUCGCGCUCAAGGCUUGCGCCAGAGUGGUGAAGCAGAUGGAAGAUGGUGUGAAAUCGCACGGAUUUGGGGUGGAUAGAAAGGGAGGGGAAAUUCAUUGCCGAGUUUUGAAGUUGGGGUUCGAUCGUGAUCUGUAUGUGCAGAAUUCGUUGCUUUUUGUGUACUGUCAGUGUGGGUUUGUGAGACUUGCCCGGUGCGUGUUCGACGAAAUGACUGAGAGAAGUGUUGCUUCUUGGAAUAUUAUGAUAUCGGCUUAUGACCGGAUUAACGAUUUUGAAACCGCGGAUUCUUUGUUUCGAUCGAUGCCUGAGAAGAAUGUGGUUUCCUGGAAUACUUUGUUGGCAAGGCAUGUUAGGUUGAGCAACAUUGAGGCUGCGGAAAUGGUGUUCCGAGAGAUGACGGGGAGGGAUUCAGUUUCUUGGAAUUCUAUGAUUGCUGGGUAUGUUCAGGUUAGAGAUUAUGAUGGAGCAUUGAAGCUCUUCCGUGAAAUGCAAGUUGCCGAGGUGGAAGCUACUGAAGUAACGCUCGUAUCGAUCUUGGGUGCUUGUGCUGAAACCGGCACGUUGGAGAUUGGAAGGAAGAUCCACGAGUCCCUGAAGCACCAUAAGAUUGGAGGGUAUUUGGGGGUUGCCCUUGUAGAUAUGUAUUCGAAAUGCGGAAAAGUGAAUUCAGCCUGGGAAGUGUUCCAUGAGCUGAAAAUGAAACCUGUCGGCUGCUGGAACGCCAUGAUUGUGGGUCUGGCCGUACAUGGUUACUGCAAGGAGGCUCUGAAAUUGUUCAAAACUAUGGAAACGCAGCAUGGCGAAGUCAGGCCUAAUCGGAUUACAUUCAUCGGCGUUCUCAUUGCGUGCAGCCACAAAGGUUUGGUGGAAGAAGGACGCCGGUAUUUCAAUCACAUGAUUCAAGAAUACAAUAUCAUGCCGGACAAUAAGCAUUACGGUUGCAUGGUUGAUCUUCUCAGCAGAACGGGAUUGCUUGAAGAAGCCUACGAGAUGAUCAAAACUGUGCCUUGCGGCUCAAGCUCCUUGCUGUGGAGGACCUUGUUGGGUGCUUGUAGGGUACAUGGAAACGUAGAAUUGGCGGAACAAAGCUUUCGGCAGCUUGCGAAAUUGGAGCCUCUAAGGGAUGCAGAUUAUGUUUUGUUGUCAAACGUCUAUGCAGAAGCAGAGAGAUGGGACGACGUUGAGCGUUUGAGGAACGAGAUGAUUUGUAAGGGAGUCUCCAAAACGCUCGGCUUCAGCCAUGUAUAGAUGAAGUAAUUGAAGACAAGUUAUGAUUUUAUAUGGAUAAUUGGAUAUAAUUUGUCAGCAAAACAAAACCACUUUGGAACAGAUUUUGUCAAUUGAAAUUCUAAAAUCUUACAGGUAAUUAUGUUAGUCAAUUUUCA